AUGAAAAGAAUAGACGACAGAGAUUAUGUUGUUUUAAUAGCAGUAUCUCAAAGAAUCCUCGCCUUACUUAGAUCAAAUAUCAGAAUUUGUUCAUGUCAAGUCAGCAAGUUUAAGAGAAAAGACAUCAAACUAACUUGGUCUAACAGAUUAUUACAGGAUGGUUUUGUGAUCGUUGACAGCCCUGAAGUCGGGGAGUCAGAUAUUAUGGACGACAUUGUUGUGAACUACUUACCAAAUGCCUUUGCUUUCAUCUAUGUCAUCAAAAGCAGCAAUGCCGGCGGAGUUCAGAGUUCGGAGUUGGCUUGUUCAACUUCUGCAUAAAACGAGGAAACUCACGACUGAACAGCAAAUGGAAUUCUGACCAAACUGCACUUUGCCCUUUUGCAGCAAGUGGGACACCCUACCAACCCAAGAGGGAAAUGCGGUCAUGGCAAACAUAAUCAACAAGUUGAGUCAGUGUUUGCCAGAUGUCGACAUAAAUUCUCAAAUUAUCCGCCUUUCAACUUCUGAAGCUCUUGCGGCCGAGAAACAUGGAGUCAUGAAUUCAGAAUUUGCCUCACUUACAGAGUAGAUUGGCUGCUUGGUUUC